AUGGACAGUAUAGAAGAACCUCAGAAAAAAGUCUUCAAGGCUCGAAAAACAAUGAGAGUGAGUGAUCGGCAACAACUUGAAGUAGUCUACAAGGUCAAAGAAGAAUUGUUGAAGACUGACGUCAAGCUGUUAAAUGGCAACCAUGAAAAUGGAGAUUUGGAUCCAACCUCACCUUUGGAAAAUAUGGAUUAUAUUAAAGACAAGGAAGAGGUUAAUGGGAUCGAAGAACUUUGUUUUGACCCUGAAGAAAGUAAAGCAGAAUGGAAAGAAACACCUUGUGUCCUAAAUGUUAAUGUUAAAAACAAGCAGAAUGAUGAUUUAAAUAGUGAACCUUUAUUUUCUAAUACUGUAACUGCUGAAGCAGCCUGUCAGCUGACUUCUGAACCACCUUCUGGUGUUCUGGCCUCUGGUGAUCAGGGCUCUGGAGAUUCAGCCUCUGGAGUACUGGCCUUUGGUGAUCCUGCCUCUAGUGAUUCUGCUUCUGGUGAGCGAACUUCUGAUGACCCAGUCUGUGGUGAUCCAGUCUGUGGUGAUCUAGUUUCUGGUGAGCCUGCCUCUGGUGAACCCACUUCUGGUGAACCCUCUUCUGGUGAACCUGCCUCUGAUGAAUCCAUCUCUGCUGAACCCGCUUCUGGUGAACUCACCUCUGAUAAACUCGUCUCUAGUGAACUUGCAUCUGAUGAACCCCACUUUGAUGAAGCUGCUUCUGGUGAUCUGGCCUCUGGUGAUGUGGUCUCUGGUGCUCUGGCCUCUGGUGAUUUGCCCUCUGGUGCUCUGGCCUCUGGAACACCAGCCACUGUUGAACCAACCUCGGAUGAACCAGCCUCUGACGAACUGACCUCUGAUGAACGGACCUCUGGAACACUGGCCUCUGAUGAUCAGUCUGAUCGUGAACCAACUUCUGUACCAGUUUGUGAAGCAGUUCCUGAAACAACAGAGCCUAGUAGCAAUAAAGGUGAUGAUUUUCUUGAAAAAAAUAGGGAUGAUGAGAACUUAGACCAAAUUCAGAGUACAGAUUCAUUUGAUGAGAAAAACAAAGGUGCUACAGAUGCUAAUGAAGAAACUCUAGAAACAGAUGAAACCAUUAUUUGUUCAGAUCUGCUUCCUGAAAAUGAAAAGAAGGUAGAGGAAGAUGGUAUCCCAGAGCUUGUUCUUAGAGAAGAAGCUAUAUCUAGUAGUAUGGAAAUUGAUCAAGGUGAGAAAAAUGAAGAUGAAAAUUCUUCAGACCUUGCAGAAACCAUUAGUGAAAAUGUUAUAGAAGAUGAUAAAAAUGCAAAUAUGUUAGAAAACACUGAUUCCAUGGAGACAGAUGAAAUUAUUCCUAUUUUGGAAAAGCUUGCACCUGCUGAAGAUGAACUUCCUUGCUUCUCUAAAACUUCCCUCCUUCCAAUUGAUGAGACAAAUCCAGAUUUGGAAGAGAAAAUGGAAGGUUCUUUUGGUUCACCAUCUAAACAAGAAAGUAGCGAGAGUUUACCAAAAGAAGCCUUUUUGGUCCUCUCUGAUGAAGAGGAUAUUUCAGGUGAAAAGGAUGAGUCUGAAGUUACAUCACAGAAUGAGACAUGCUCUCCAGCAGAAAUCGAAAGUAAUGAAAAGGACAGCAAACCUCAGGAAGAUGAACACAUAAUACAUGAAGAAGAUGAAAGACCUUCUGAGAAAAAUGAAUUUUCCAGAAGAAAACGUUCUAAAUCAGAGGACAUGGACAAUGUACAGUCCAAACGCCGUCGGUACAUGGAAGAAGAAUAUGAGGCAGAAUUUCAAGUAAAGAUUACAGCCAAAGGAGACAUUAACCAGAAACUACAAAAGGUUGUACAGUGGUUGCUGGAAGAAAAAUUGUGUACGCUACAGUGUGCUGUGUUUGAUAAGACUCUGGCAGAAUUGAAAACACGAGUGGAAAAGAUUGAAUGUAACAAAAGACAUAAAACAGUUCUUACUGAACUACAGGCCAAGAUAGCCAGGUUAACAAAACGAUUUGGAGCAGCCAAAGAAGAUCUUAAGAAAAGACAAGAAAAUCCACCAAAUCCACCUGUAUCACCAGGAAAGCCUGCAAAUGAUAUCAGCAGUAAUAAUAAUAUAACCUACAGAAAUGCAAGCACAGUGAGGCAGAUGCUGGAGUCCAAAAGAAAUGUAAGCGAGAGUGCACCAUCAUCCUUUCAGACCCCUAUGAAUGCAGUAUCUUCAACCAAUCUUAUCACUCCUCCAACAGUUGUCAACAGCCAGCCUAAAUUGCAGACUCCAGCAACUUCAGGUUCUCUGACAGCAACAUCAGUUCUUCCUGCACCCAACACAGCUACAGUAGUUGCCACUACUCAGGUGCCCAGUGGAAAUCCCCAGCCUACAAUCUCUUUACAACCUUUGCCAGUGAUUUUGCAUGUACCUGUUGCUGUAUCCUCCCAGCCUCAGCUCCUACAGAGUCAUCCAGGGACUUUGGUGACCAAUCCGCCUUCUGGCAGCGUUGAAUUUAUUUCUGUGCAAAGCCCACCUACAGUGAGUGGUCUCACCAAAAAUCCAGUAUCUUUGCCAUCCCUGCCAAACCCCACUAAACCAAACAACGUUUCUUCUGUGCCCAGUCCUAGUAUUCAAAGGAACUCUCCGGCUGGUGCUACACCAUUAGGAACAACACUUGCUGUACAGGCUGUUCCAACAGCACACUCUAUUGUACAAGCCACAAGGACUUCUUUACCCACAGUAGGACCAUCAGGACUCUAUAAUCCAUCCAAUAAUCGAGGUCCUAUACAGAUGAAAAUUCCAAUUUCUGCUUUUAGUACUUCAUCUCCUGCAGAACAGAGCAACACUACCACCCCAAGAAUUGAAAACCAGACAAACAAAACAUCAGAUACUUCUGUUAAUAAGAAAGCAGCUGAUAGUACAUCACAGACUGGGAAAGCCACAGCCAGUGAUUCGGGUGGUGUCAUUGAUCUCACAAUGGAUGAUGAAGAGAGUGGAAGUUCACAAGACCCUAAAAAACUACAUCACACUCCUGUGUCAACCAUUGGUUCUUCUCAGCCUGUGACUCGACCAUUGCAACCCAUACAACCAGCACCUCCUGUUCAGCCCUCUGGGGUGCCAACAAGUGGACCAUCUCAGACAACAAUACACUUACUACCUACAGCUCCCACCACCGUGAAUGUAACACAACAUCCAGUUACUCAGGUUACCACAAGGCUCCCUGUACCGAGAGCUCCUGCAAACCACCAAGUUGUUUAUACAACUCUCCCAGCACCGCCAGCUCAAGCUCCCCUUCGAGGAACUGUUAUGCAGGCUCCUGCUGUUCGGCAGGUCAAUCCUCAAAAUAGUGUCACAGUUCGAGUGCCUCAAACAACUACAUAUGUUGUAAACAAUGGACUAACACUGGGAUCAGCGGGACCUCAGCUCACAGUACAUCACCGACCACCACAAGUGCAUACUGAGCCUCCACGCCCUGUGCAUCCAGCACCCUUACCAGAAGCACCACAACCACAGCGUCUGCCCCCAGAAGCUGCCAGCACAUCUCUGCCUCAGAAGCCACACUUGAAGUUAGCACGAGUUCAGAGUCAAAAUGGCAUUGUACUAUCAUGGAGUGUCCUGGAGGUGGAUCGAAGCUGUGCCGCUGUUGAUAGCUACCAUCUCUAUGCUUAUCAUGAGGAACCCAGUGCCACUGUGCCCUCACAGUGGAAAAAGAUUGGGGAAGUAAAGGCACUUCCUUUGCCCAUGGCAUGCACUCUGACCCAGUUUGUAUCUGGGAGCAAGUACUAUUUUGCAGUGCGAGCCAAGGAUAUUUAUGGACGAUUUGGACCUUUCUGUGAUCCUCAGUCAACAGAUGUGAUCUCUUCUUCCCAGAGCAGUUAAACCUUAGAGCCUUUAUCUCUGUUACUCUUUCAAAAGUUCCACUUUUUGGUCUUGUUUUUAAUCUUGUGCAUGAUACCCAUUGUAAAGUCAGCAUUUGGCGGAAUUUCUUGGACAGAUGUGUCUAUACACUACAUUUGGUUAUUACCUAAAGUAAAAUAAACUCAGCCUAGAAAGCAAGAAUCUAUUUUCCUGGACAAUUCAAGCUUCAAGGUUUUAAAAUUUAAAUGUGCACCUUACUUUUAGUUUUGAGGCUGGGGAAUAUUUGUGAGUGUUUGUGUGUUUUUUUCCUUUUUUACAUGUUCCACUUUCAUUCUCAAAUUUACCUCUUUUCCAGUGAAAUAGAUCAAAGGAUUUGAGGUAUAUAACUGGCAUGAUAUGAUUCUGCUUCUAAGGGAUCUGUAAGAUCACAGUUAAUGAUUUAAACUGAAUCUAAACAAAACCCAAAG